AGUCGAGUGGGUGUCCAGAUGAGGGCGGGGACGAUGUUCGCUCAACUCUCCUUCCUGUCGCUUCACAGCUCGUCAGCACCACCCCUUCUAUUGUCGCCUUCACAGUCACCGGUUCCUUCCUCUUCUGGCGGCGAUGGUGAUACUGGCACCGGAGGGACGAGCUUCCUCCUCAAGUACUCCUCUAUGAGACCAGCUCCGCUUAAUUGCCACGCUUCUUCGGGAAGAAGACGGUUCCUUUACACGACUCUGUUGCCUGUUCUGCUUCCUCUUCUACACGACUCCUCUUCAACAUCCGAUGCUCUUGCGUCAGGGUUAAUAGAGGACUAUUCUUCAAGGGUGAGGAGUGAAAUAAGGAAAGUAAUGUCCAAAGCAAAGGCAGCUGGUGUUCUUCGCCUGGCUUUUCAUGAUGCGGGAACAUUUGAUGUGGAAGACAAUUCGGGUGGUAUGAACGGAUCCAUUGUUUAUGAGCUUGACAGACCUGAAAACGCUGGUCUCAAGAAGUCCGUAAAGGUAUUGCAGAAGGCCAAGGUGGAAGUGGACAAAUUGUUUUCUAUCUCUUGGGCGGAUAUGAUCUCUUUAGCAGGGGCAGAGGCAGUUUCAAUUUGUGGUGGCCCUGAAAUUCCUGUACGGCUAGGCAGGGUGGAUGCAGGGGUGCCUGACCCUGAAGGGAGGCUUCCCGAAGAAUCUCUGGAUGCCUCUGGUUUGAAAAAGAGCUUUAUGAGGAAAGGAUUUUCGACACAAGAUCUAGUAGUGUUGUCAGGAGCUCAUACUCUUGGUGGUAAGGGCUUUGGGAAUCCUAAUGUUUUUGACAACUCCUACUUCAAGAUACUUCUGGAGAAACCAUGGAAGUCUUCAGGGGGCAUGGCAAGUAUGAUUGGGCUUCCAUCAGAUCAUGAACUAGUUGAAGAUGACGAAUGCUUAAGGUGGAUCACAAUGUAUGCAAGUAAUGAACAAAAGUUCUUUGAAGAUUUCAAGGAUUCUUACGUUAAGCUUGUGAACAGUGGAGCACGUUGGCAAAUAUCAUAGAUAGGCUGCCACACAUUGUCACAGUUUGCCAAAUAGGGUCACCAUGAAGCUGCAUCAUCAAUGGUAAUAACCAGGUGCACCUGGUCGUUCUCUAGUGUAAUUCUUUGUAGCUUCUUCAUAAUCUUGACAAAUGAUGGUCUGUGGUAUAUAGCUUUUUGCCCAAAUCUUCUCCUGAUGCAUUUCAAAAUCUUCGUUCGACUGUCUUUCUUCCCUAACAGUUGAUCUGGUUAAGCUACAACACCGUUUUUCUGCUUUCCAAAUUGAACCCUGUAUUUUCUGCAAAGGAACGUCGUUUUGUGGUGGUGUAAGAUGUCACAUGAUCUUCUCUCUCUA